AUGGGAAUGACGAGUUUAUCAGCAAACUUGAAACGAAAACCAUGUGCCAUCGACAAUCUCCUGGAGGCGAAACGCUCGCUCAACUUGUCGCAAAUGCAACAAGAAUUGGCGUCACUAUGCGAUAAGAAAUUGGAAUUUCUUCGAGCACAGAAAAGGGCAUCACUAUUUGUGAACAGCCGUCGAAUCGGUGCUCCGAGUGUUAUGAUUGAGUUUCCAAACUUGUUCAAGAAAGCGUGCUCAUUGCCAUUGGAAGAUUUAGAAGAACAAAAACGAUUGAUCGAGGACAUUGUGAAGGAAUCUAUUGUGAUUGAAUGGCCAAGAGUAUUCCCAGGAGUUUAUUCAGAUCAACCAGAGACGGAACUUGAUUUUGCACCACUUAUUCACAGAGCAAGAAAUGUGGUCAAGUGUAGAACCAGCCAUCCUACUAUGCGUGUCAAAAUUUACGCAAUAUCCGAGGGAAACGAAAUGAGUUGUCCUCAAAUUGUGGAAGCAUUCUAUCGUGCAUCACUCGUCAAAUUGGGAUCCGAUUCUCCAGAUUCCAAGUACCGACAACUGGCCGGAAAAAUGAUUUUGACUCAAAGAGAAGGAAUCGCUGCGACAAAAAGCGCUGAACAGAGCGGGGCUGUUGUCAAUGCAGAGGGAAAACUUCUGUGCUCACAGAGUUCGAGCAACGCUCAAAUUCUCAUAUUUGCCAAUCAAUUGCAAGAAUCAAAUGUGCGAACGACUUCGUUGAAAUAUGAGAAUGGUUUUCUGUGUGCCACAUUUCCAGAGAUGGGAGUAACUUUGAAUUCGAUGGUCGAUCGCCGUCAAUUAUCCACUCGAUAUGCUAUUCAAGUUGAAGUUCAUCUGAAUAUCGAUAACAAAAUGAUUGUAGUCCAUACUCUUGUAAGCCAUCCAUUCCUGAUUGCCAUCACCAACGAUCAAACUGAACCUCUUCUCCAGUCAAUUUUCUGGAAUAGACUUCUCAAUUGUGAUCAAUAUGAUGGCUCAGAAAUCUUCCCAGAAAAAAACAAACUACCAUGGGGUAUUCUACGUCAAGCCAUCCGCGCAUUCAUAAAAUCACAAAUCCCUCAAGCAAGAUUUCUGACAGAGUACGAGUUGAGACACGUUCAAGUGAUGCUUCUCUUACCACGAAUCCUGCGUUGUAGUGAUCUAAGUGACCUACAAUUGAUGGAAAUCAAUCUCUUCGGAUCGAUUGGAACUCAAAAGAGAGAUCUACACGAAGAAAUGAGGAGAUUGAGAAAUCGACUACUGUCUGAAUCAAUCCUGGACAGUUUUCCGGUGGAUCGAAAAGAAUUCAUUCUUGAAAAGUGCAUAUCUGUUCUUGACAUGAGCACAGAAUUAGCUCAUACCACCUGGCAAUGGUUGCAUAAAUCUUGUGAAAUGAUUCAGGAUGUGGGUCAUAAAUUGUGUCCAUCUCCCGCUUGUGACAAGAAAUCUUCGAAAACCAAGAAACAAAUGGCAGCAUGCGAAGAUUAUCAAACUGUCAUUAGUCUCUUUAAUAAAGGAUUCAUCACAUUUUGCUCUACUCAAAAAGCCGCAACUUCAUUCGCAUACAUCGAGAGAAACUCUUCAAUGCUCAUCCGUUUCUGCGAUGAAAACAUUGGACAUUUCUCGAUUUGCUACGGAUUGGAAAAUGGGAAACCAAAGCUUGGAUCGAUUUCUGCGGAGCAAGUGAAAGAUUUCAAGCAAGGACUUCCAGAAAUGUUGAUUGAUGAACACUUUCCAUCCAAAUAUCAUAGUUUAAUUAAAAUGAGUUUGGAUGAAAAUGAGGAUUCAAUUACGGCUGUCAGAAAAAGAGAUGUAUUCCAUACAUACAAAACGGAAAGAAGAUCAGUAGAGAGUGUUUCGAUUCUGGAUAAUGAGACAAACCGAAUCGAUGUUCUUAGUGGAGCACUUUUACUUCGCCAAUCUCCAUCUCCCCAGAGUUUGAAUCCUCCUCUUAUUCAACAUUUUGAUAUUGCUUCUAUUGCUAACAAUAACUCCACUCUUGCUCAGUCGAUAUUCCCUCUGCUUCACACUUUGAGUGGAAAUCUAGACAUCGGUUCUUUGCUUAAAAAUUUCAGCGAUUCAAACAAAGAAAUAGAGGAUCCAGAUGACGCCAAUCUCUCGGACACUUCUGGAGAAGACGCUGCCACGUCUUCAAUUGCUUCGUUGCUCCAAAAUUCUGAAAGUCAUGAAGAAGAAGAGCAUAACGAGAGUGGCAACAACCUAUCACAACUCCUUCUUAAACAAUACCACUAA